AUUUCAUUUGCUAUUUAACAGAAGAAUUGGUUCGAACAUUUCUUUAUGAAGAAGCAGUUAUUAUCUCUACUUAAAUAAAUUAAUAAAAUUCUAAAAAUUCCAGUAACUGUGUGUUCAUUAGCUUCCAUCUACAUGUUAAUACAUUGCAUCCCAAAUUCAUUUCUUAUUAUAAUGCCACUGAACGAAUCUCAUCGAUGUCUAUUUUUAAACACAACAAAGUGUUUCAUCGGACAGCAGCAAUACGUUUAUAUCUCAAUAUUGCAAAUGACAUUUGGAAUAAUUGUUGCAACGAUUACUGGAAUAGCUACCGAAACGUUUUCGUUAUCAAACGCAUUACAUGCUUUUGCAUUAUUUAAACUCGCUAGUUAUCGUAUGGAACGUAUAUUAAUUGGAAAUGAUCUGCAGAUGUCUGCGACUAAAAAAUACGUCUUAUAUCGUGAUAAAAUAGCUGCUGCAGUUGAUAUCCACAAAAGAGCAACCGAAUUUUCUAACUUAUUAGUAGCAACUUUUGGGACACCGUAUUUGUUUUUAUUUAUAUUGUCCGAAUGUUCAGCAAGCAUUUGUUUGUUUCUAAUCUUGACCAUGAGACUGAGACCAUUAGAAAUAAUCAUGUCUGUCCUAUGUAUAUUUUGCAAUUUUUUAUUCCUAAUUAUAGGCAAUUUUGUUGGACAGAUAUUCAUAAAUUAUGACACAUAUAUCUAUGAAAGAUUAUGCAAUAUACGAUGGUACAAUAUUCCGCUGAAGGCACAAAAAUUGAUACUCUUUAUGAUGCAAAAGGCCACGAGAAGUUACAAAGUUGACGCAGGCGGUAUGUUUAAUCCUAGCUUGAAAGGUUUAGCUACGACUAUGAGUCUUAUGUAUUCCUUUGUCAUGAUGUUAACUUCUAUGCAACGAUAACGGCCAUUAACACGAAAAAUAUCACAAUUAAUCGCAGUCUAUUAAGACGUCUAUUUAAGAUAAGACGUACAAGAAGAUUACAAGAAUAUAUUGUAUUUUAAAUGUUAUGGCAAACCUUUUAAUGUUCUCUUUUACAUGUAAAAAACAACUCGAUUGAACAAUUUGAGUGAAAAAAUA